AUGAAUAAGGAUUUAGUUAGAUCUGUUCGUAUUUUUCGUCCUACAAGGACUACUAUGCAAGCAGGUGCUCGUCAUCCUGAAAUAUGGCGUCUUGAAUGGGAUCUUAGUUGUUCUCAUCAUUGGAUGAAUCCUAUAAUGGGAUGGACAUCAUCAGGUGAUCCUCUUCAAGCAAUUCAUCUUAGUUUUCCUAGUCUUAAAAGUGCUAUUCGAUUUGCUGAGAAACAGGGUUAUUCAUAUCAUGUUGAGCCUGAUUCAACCCUAACUAAAUUUGCUGUUAAAAGUUAUGCAGAUAAUUAUCGGGCGGAAACUAUGAACCCUUCCAAAAUAUCUCAUACUAAAUAAAAGAUAUAUAUAUGUAUUUUA